CGAUUCAGUCGCUCGUGACAUGUGUGUGCGUCUCGAUUGAGAAGAAGGAAAUCUAUUAGAUCCGUAUUCGCCGCGACACAGUGAUUUUAUUCGAUAAUUGUCGAAAGUGCAAGCAACUUAAAAUAUUCUGGGAUAUUUUCAAAGUUGAAAAAAAUAAUCUGCACGACAAAUAUUUUCAAUUUCUUUUUUGAAUUUUUUCAAUUUCUUUUUUUUCAAAAAGAAAAGCGAAUAAAUAUUAUCUGCAGUAUCUCGAUUUUAGUAAAUCCUCAAGGAUGAUUUCUACAUGGAAAACAUGCUGCAAUCGAGUGCCACAACGAUGGGUAUUUGCUAUUAUGGGAGUUUUAGCUAUUGUGAACGCAUACAGUAUGAGAGUUUGUCUCUCGAUCGCAAUCACGGAAAUGACAAUAGUCUAUAACGAAACUAAGGAUAUCAACACAGAUAUCUGUCCAAUAUCUAACGACACUCCAAAACAUGAUGACAAAGUAUCUAAUUCGCAGCGAUAUGAUUGGAAAGAUUUAACGGGCAUCAUUCUCUCGUCUUUUUACUGGGGUUACGUCAUCACGCAUCUGCCAGGCGGAAUGUUAGCCGAAAAGUUUGGCGGAAAAUACUCUCUCGGUCUUGGAAUGCUGUCAACUGCAAUAUUCACAUUAUUGACACCGAUAGCGGUUGAAUGGGGUGAAGCAACCGCUUUGAUUGUUCUACGAAUUCUCAUGGGUUUAGGAGAAGGUACAACUUUCCCAGCGUUGAACGCCAUGUUAGCACAGUGGAUACCGCCAGAAGAGAGAUCGUUGAUCGGAUCGCUUGUGUUCGCUGGCGCUCAACUCGGCACAGUUUUCGGUACCUUGGUAUCCGGUGAGAUCCUUCAUCACUAUUCUUGGCAAAUUGUCUUUUAUUUAUUCGGUGCAUUAGGCGUGCUGUGGUUCAUCGUAUGGGUUCUGGUUUGCUACAACAACCCGUACGAGCACCCCUUCAUUUCCGAACGGGAGCUAAAAUAUUUACACGAGCGUAUGAGCGAGCACACUCACAAGAAACCACCGCCGGUACCCUGGCGACAUAUGCUAAACUCAGUGCCACUUUGGGCACUAGUUGCCGCCCAGGUUGGUCACGACUGGGGUUUUUUUACCAUGGUAAACGACCUGCCUACAUAUAUGAGUAGCGUUCUCCACUACCCUAUUCGGAGCAAUGGGUACUUCUCGUCGUUACCAUACCUUACGAUGUGGUUUAGCAGCCUGCUGUCGUCCUGGCUGGCUGAUUGGAUGAUUAUCAAAGGCGUUAUGUCACGUACUAACGUGCGUAAACUUGGUACUACAAUUGCUUCCUUGGGUCCAGGAAUCUUUAUCGUCGCUGCUUCGUAUAGCAAAUGCGAUAAAGUAAUAGCCGUCGUCAUGUUUACUAUUGGUAUGACUUUAAUGGGUACUUUUUAUCCUGGGAUGAAAGUCAAUGGGUUAGACCUUACUCCUAAUUACUCUGGCACUCUAAUGGCAAUAGUCAAUGGAAUCGGUGCCAUCACCGGUAUUAUAACGCCAUACAUUGUCUCUGUACUUACUCCUAAUGAAACCCUGAGUCAAUGGCAACUCGUAUUUUGGAUCGUUUUUGGUGUCUUUGUUGUUACGAAUUUAAUCUUUAUUCUGUUUGCCAGUGGCGAAGUUCAGUAUUGGAAUGACCCCGAUUUCAUUAUACGAGAUCGGGAAGAACGACAACAUAAAGCGAAAGACAAAGCAUCGAAGAAAUCAAAUAAAACUGUGACGUAACAAUCGCUUAUCGUUCUCUCAGGAUAUAUUUCAAUGACUGCAGCAUAUGCUACAUCGAUUGUCAUACAAUGUUACAUCCAAUAAGUUUUCUUUCAUUUGUCAGAUUACGUACAAUAAUGCUAGAUGCAUGGUAUUGUAUAUGAAUUUUUGCGAGUAUUAUUAUCAGAUUUUGGAACAUUGCGUCAUUUAUCCUCAUCCUAAGCGCCCACUUGAACGCCUAAUGGCUCCUGCACACAGGACGUGCGACAGCCAAUCAAUAUGUUGUUUUUCUGUAAGAGCUAGAAGGUUAUUACGGAAAGCAGCAUAUUGAUUGGCUGUCGCGCGAACUUCUGUCGCACGGCAAGCAUUACCGCGUCCUGUGUGCAGGAGCCAUAACACGGCAAUACCAUAUAUACCGAUCUAGCGGUAAGGGCGAGGAGAAAUACUACGUUAUUUGGCUCUUAUCGUCAAAUUGAUAUGUAUGUCACUACUAUGCUAGACGCGACCGCAAGCGAAUGGGGAAAUCAAAGAUAAGCAAUGUAAAGGAUCAAAACCUGAUUAUCACUCUAUAUUCGCAAAACUUGCAAGUUUACUUGGCGCUUCCAAAACUCUAUCGACUACGGACUUAUAACGAUUGUAAAUAUUAUAUAUUAUGCAAAUUAUUAUUAAGUAUUUACUAAUUGUACAAAUCACCAAUAUUGCCAUUGCCAUCAUUACAAGAGAAGUAGGAACAAAACAAGAUUGUCAAUCUUCGCGAUUUGAGAUUUUCAACACAAAUCUUUUAUUAUAUUAAGAAAAAAUGUAACAACAUAAAAAGAUUUAUUUAAUUUGAAAAGAAAUUCUGGAAACUUGUGCAGACAAUGUAUGAUUAUUUAUAUAUUUGAAUGUAAUUGUAAGUAUAUUUCCAACUUAAAAAGAAAGUAAAAAACACACAAGAUA